CGCGCGGUGGAUGUAGGCUUGUGACGCUCCCGCCGAUCGGAACGAAAACAAGGCGACGCGCGCUGUUUGCAAACUCGCGUGGUGCGAUUUCAAGACACGCUGUGCCGUUCGCCGCAGUCGUCGGCGCAUGUGGUGCGUCUCUUCGGACACCUUGGAUAUUACUACUCUGGAUACCUGACAUGACACAGCGAGGAAAGAAGGUGCGGUGUCCUCGCACGGUCUGAGCCCGUGGGCGCCUCCUGAGGCGCGGCCUUCGCCGCCAUGUCCUCGCACCGCGAUGAGGCGAUCUACCAUCAGUGGUACAACGACCCGCGUACGGUGCGCAAGAUGAUGGACGAGCUGGUGGUGUCUCCGACGGCCGGCCGCUGUCCCACGUGCCACGUGCCUUUCGACAAGGGCAAGCGACGCCGCAUCACCGAGGACUGUGGCCACGAGCGUUGCUACUACUGCAUGCUCAACGCCGACGGGCCGGGAUGCCCCAUCUGCGCAGCCGAAGCCGCCAAAGCUCCUAGCAACCAGUCCAGGCCUCGCAUGAAGACCAAUGGACAUUUCACUACGUUCAUGCAGACUCGCAACCCUCAUACAAGAGGGCCUCCGGCGUCAGGCAUGGCCAGUCCGAAGAUUAGCCAUAUUUCCUGGAAAGACCGGAAGAUGGCAAGACCUUCCACGGUUAGCGUAGACAACCACAACGCCUUGUCAGACUUGGCCAAGGUCCAGCACUGGCCAAUGAAUAUGGUCAGAAAAAUAAAAUCACUCUGGACCAUAGAUGACGAGUUUUCGCAGCCCAUCUACCACCAGCCAUACCAGCACCAUCGGCCGCCUCCUCCCGCAGUUGUGCCCCCUCCUCCACCACUGGGAGGCUCGCAGCAACAGCAGCAGCAGCAUGCUUCCGAGCACCUGUACACUCGGCUCGGACUCCUCCUGGGCGAGGGCCCUCCGGCCUCGACGGCCUACGUGCCGCCGGCCGGUGGCAGCAACCACAGCCAGGGAUCGUUUGCCAGUGUUUCUUCACUCGCCAACAGCGACAUUAACAUGGCCGGUUCCAACAACACCAGUCCCAUCUCUACGCUGACGGGUUCGUCAGAAGCAGAAGCCAUGAGCAUACUACGUGGCUCGAGCAGAGAAGAGAGCUCGGAUAGCGUCGCCUCGCUGAUGAGUACCAGCUCGUCACCCUCACCCUCGCGCAAAGCGCCUUUCCAACAGAGGAAUAAUAGUGUGCCCAGCAACAGGAGGGGCACACCACUUAAUUGCUCAAACAAACCUCAAACCUUUGGUCACGCGAGAGGGGCGCAGCUGCACUACAAGAUCUCACUUCAGCCAGCACUGAAGCCGUUGUUCUUUGAAGUUCCCCAAGCAGAUCAGGAUCCACCGUUUGUUGGGAGGCAGUGGCUCUUCGACGAAAUUGAUCAGGAGUUGCAAAAGGACAACAGCAAGGGUGUGGUCAUUGUUGGGUGCCCCGGAUCGGGCAAAACUGCUGCCAUACUGCAGUUGGUUGACUACAGCACCUUUGGUCGCAAGAAGGAAGAAGUCACUUAUGGCACAGCCGGUGUGCGCCACUGCGAACCGGAGCGUCGCGGUGCGUUGGGCAGCAGUGUCGGAAGCGGCUCAGCGUCGUCGGUUUACCAGCCGCGGCUGAGCGCCAAGCAGGACGGUGCGCGUUGCCUGGGAGGCCACCUGGUGGCCUACCACUUCUGCCAGGCGGACAACAACGUCACCUGCCUGGUGCCGGAGUUUGUGCACAGCGUGGCCGCCCAGCUUUGCCAGGCUCCCCAGCUGGUGGCAUACCGUGAUCUGCUGCUCAGAGACCAAAGGCUUCAAGAUGUGCUCAGCCUCUCUUCAUGCCAGACCGACCCUCACGAUGCCCUGGUGAAAGGCAUCUUGGAACCGUUAAGCUCCCUGAGGCAGACAGGCCGAAUCCCGAACACCAGUUGCAUUAUUGUCGUGGACGCACUCAAUGAAGCUGAACUACAUCGGCCCGACUACGGAGACACCAUCACCUCUUUUCUGGCCCGACACAUACUCAAGUUCCCUGCGUGGCUCAAGUUGAUUGUUACUGUGCGGACAGCAUUCCAGGAAGUCACCCAAACGCUGCCGUUUCACCAGGUCUCCCUAGAUCGGAUGUCUUGCAAUGAGAACUUAAUGCGAGACAUUGUAGGCUACGUGCUCUUUCGAAUCGAGUCCAGUCCCUCUGCACGUGCCAACAUUACAGUCAACAACGGGAAGCAAGAUGGCUCAACACAUGCAAGGUUUGCCAACCAUCUGGCCAAUUUGAGCAGGGGUUGCUUCCUGUAUGCCAAACUGACCAUGGACCUUAUAGAGCGUGGUCACCUGGUGGUCAAGAGCAGCAGCUAUAAAGUCCUGCCUGUCAGCCUCAGUGAAGUGUACCUGCUGAACUUCAACCUGAAGUUCACGACAACCAGAGCAUUUGAAAGGGUGCAAAGUCUCCUACAGGUCUGCAUGGCAUCACUGUAUCCUCUGCGUCCACACGAGCUAUAUCACAGCGUGAAUGCAAGCGCUACCUAUGAGCCCAUGACGUGGGCUGACUUCCAACAGCGUUUGACAACACUGACCACUGCCCAGUUCAUGAUGCAGCGUAACGACGACUCACUUAUGCUGGCCCAUCCUUCUCUACGAGAGUGGCUCAUUCGUCGAGACGAAAAUGACAGUACUAAAUUCCUCUGUGAUGUCAGGGCGGGGCAUGCAUCGAUUGCACUGCGCAUGUCGCGCAUAGAAGCACCGCUUGACCCAAGCCAGCUACUGGAGCUAGGCCAUCACAUCCUCAAGGCACACAUUUACAAGAACAUUUCUCGUGGCCUUCCCCAGUCGUGCACUCCUCGGGAUUUGCAGGCAUUGUGGGUCUUUCAAAGUGCUGGAUGCGUCUCCUCGGCACUAGUGGCUCCUGCAAACCUGUACAGCCCGAACGUCAAGGUGAGCCGUUUGCUGCUGCUGGCUCAGGCUGAUCCAAAUGCACGAACCAACUGCCUGAAUAGAGCCCCACUGCUAGUGCUGUCGGCCUACGAGGGAUUCACGGACAUGGUCACUUCGCUUGUGGAGUUUGGAGCUGACGUCAAUGCUAGCUCCGAUGUAGGCCGCACUGCUCUCAGCAUGGCCUGCCAACGUGGGCACUUUGAGAUUGCCAAGUACCUUCUCUCAUGCGGAGCAAGGAUUGACCAUGUGGACAGCGAGGGCCUCUCAGCACUGGCGCAUGCAGCUAGUUCUGGCCACUUGGACCUGGUGACACACCUGGUGCAAUGCAAGUGGCCAGACGAUUUUGGCAUUGCACUGGGUCUCCACAGAGCAGCACAGCAGGCUUUAAUCACAGCCGCAAAGUCGGGACACAUUGAGGUGUGUGAGUUCCUGCUGAACAUGAUGGAGGUACAGGUGAACAAGCAGGAUGAUUUCAGUGGCCACACAGCAUUGACGGCAGCUAGCCUGGCAGGGCAUCGAGACGUCUGUGCGCUGCUCAUGCGACGCGGCGCCUCGGCACUCGUGCGCUCCAAUGCCGGAGAGCCACCCUUGUGCUGUGCUGUGCGUGAAGGCCACUGGGCGGUCACCGAGCUCCUGCUGUGCCAUGCACGUGCUCUCGAGCAGGCCGAUGCAUUGGGACGGUCACCUCUUAUGUUGGCUGCUGCCGAGGGACAUCUCGGAGUGCUGGAACUGCUUCUCGCCAAAGGAGCCAACCUGCUAUGGCAGGAUAAGGAUGGCCUCUCGGCAUUGAGCUGGUCCUGCAGUCGUGGUCAAGUUCAAGCAGCUCAGUGCCUCCUCACCCACGGUGCUGAUAUCAACCACAGUGACAAGAAGGGCCGAACACCACUUGACAUGGCUGCCACCCAAGGAAAUGCAGAAAUGAUCAAGCUGCUCCUAAAUAAUGGCGCUGAAAUUGAGCAUGUGGACCUGAAUGGUACCAGAGCUCUUGAUCGGGCAAUCGGCACUGGAAACCUCGAUGCCAUCAACUGCUUUCUGCAAGCAGGGGCCAAGAUAGGAUCACAAACCUGGGAGAUGGCAGCUGAUAAACCUGACGUUGUGCACCUUCUGUUGAAUAAGCUCCAUCAAGAUGGAGCUCUUUUAUACAGAAAAGGCCACAUGAAGGAUGCUGUCCAUCGUUACCAGUAUGCCCUGAAGAAGUUUCCCUCAUCUGUCGUCGAAGAUGCAGACAGCGGAAGUAUAUUUCUCCAGCUGAAGCACCAGUUGCUGCUCGGACUUGCCAAGUGCAAAAGGAAAUUGAAUGAACCCGAUGCAGCCAUCUCAGCAGCAACUCAAGCCAUCGAGCUUCGACCAAAGAGCUUUGAAGGCCACUUUAUCCGGGCUAAGGCAUUCAAGGACAAAGGAUGCCAAGCAGAGGCACAAGCAAACAUUGAAGAAGCUCUCAGACUGGCCCCCAUUUCAAACAUUGAGCAGCGGCGAACGCUCAUGAAAGUGCAGGAGGAAAUUGGAGCAGGAGAUCUUGACCUCACUGGCACUCAGUACAUGUCAACAAGAAGCUCUUUGGACAACCAGUCAAACUGCACAGACAGCAUGGACCAGGUUUGUGGCAUUUCUGUGGACAGCAGGCUCAACUUGGCAUCAGUGCAUCUGUGAGCACAAGUCCCCCCUCCAAGAUGGCAACCCCUGUCUGUCUGAAGAUGGCAUUUAGAAACUGCAUCUCUCCGCACGCAUCCCCCGUUCUUGCUGUGGCCAAGAAAAUCCGUGUUGUAGUAUACUGUCAUGUAAUGACCUCUUUGUCUUGGUAGUCGUAUGCCAGGUCACUGUUCGUACAAGUGCACAUAUUAUGUAUGCAGGACGAAAAAGGAAGACCGAGUAUUUAUUGCUUUAUCGUGUAUCUUUCGUCUUUGUACAUAACAGCCCAACUUCCCUGUAUUUAUGCGGGCAACGCGCAUGGGAAUAAAAAAAGAAACACACUGAGGUUCAUAAGGCCGCGUUACCACAUGCCAGAACCAGUGCAAAUUUCACUUCUGCGCACUGUUGCUUCUUACAGAGAUAUCUCCAGUUCUGAGUGUCUGUGCAGAGUGGUCGCUGGCUGGCUACUGAUCUGCUACAGCCGUCGUGCACAUGUCAAAAUGAAACUAUCGCAGUUGGCAUGCUUUGCACUCAGUCAGAGGCACUAUUAGGAACUACCCACCACGUUCAUGUGCAAGAAGCCCAAGCUGUGCUUCUGUAUUGUGUUGUGCAAUGAUUUCUCUCAAAACACAUGAGCUUAUUAUACAGACAUACGGGAGCUGCAUUACAAACCUGUCUUUGAGCAUUCCUUUUGUGAUGUGACCACUCGCGGAAAGUAGUGAUGCCUACGGCAAACACAAACUUUGCGGGCAUGUUACAGUCAAGACGAGCACGGAAAAAAAUUUGAAAUGGACUUCUCUCAAGUUGGCACCAAUGACAUCCAAAGGUGCCAUUUGUGACACGCGAAUAUCAUCUCUGCGAGGCAAGGGGAAGGCACUUGACGUAGCAGCUUUGGUUGUACUUUUUGGCGAUAGUAACAUGCCACAAGAUUCAUACUUGAAAAGUGCAUAGUCAUAAGUGCCAAGUGGCAGGCUAUGACCGUGUGGUUCUUGUAGAUGCAGGCUUUGCUAUAGCUGCUAAUGCUGUUACAGCCUUCUACCUUGCUGGUUUUGCAUUUGGUUGUAGUAAAAGUGAGGAAUUUAUGUCGAACCGCUAAAAGCGCUGCAGUACGAAAGAAUGUGGCAUGCACCAGAUGCUGAUCAAAAGCAAUUGUAGCAAAUAACUUAUGUCCCUAAUUGAUGUAUUAUGCAGCUGUCUCUUUUACAUGCCAUUGUUAAUAUAUCCACGUAUGUAGUUUAGGGACAAACACAUGGUAUAAUGCAACCCAUGACGCUGCCUUUGAACUUUCAUUAUAUGCCUUUCAGUGGUAAAAUGAAAUUAAAACAAGCAUUAAAUAAAAUGCUUAAUUUUGCAUUUAGACGUCGGUAUGUACUCCCAUUAGCUGUUGUGUUAAUGAAAUUUGUUAAAUGGCUAAGGCAUGCAUUGGGGAAUUCAAUAACUGUAAUAAGAAAGGUCUUGAAUCUUAUACUUCAGGUUACCAUGAUUAACAGUAAGCAAAAUCUAAGCCUUAAGUUCGUUACAAGAGAAAACUUUCUAUGAAAGUGCAACAUUAAGAGUAGAUUCUUUUCGCUGGACACUUACCUACCAAGUUGAUUGGUGUUUCAGUAUGAAAUGUCGCUCAUUCUCAUCAAUUUUCAUCAAAAGUAAUACAAUACGAGUUUGUGUGACUGUUUUUUCUUAGGUAGCAUUGGUUCAUUAUUGACUAGUGUUACCAGGACUAUGCCUGC